AUGAUUGAGGGAAGCUACACAAAUAUGACUGUGUUUGUCCUCUUGGGAUUAGUGGAGAAUCCCAGAAUGAAAUUACUGUGCUUCGUCAUGGUAUUGAUAAUAUAUUUGGUGACUCUUAUUGGGAAUCUUGGCAUGGUUGUCUUAAUCUGGAUUGACCCUCAGCUCCAGAAACCCAUGUAUUUUUUCCUCAGUCAUUUGGCCUUCUUAGAUUUCGGAUAUUCCUCAGCCAUUGCACCUAAAAUGAUGGAGAAUUUUUUAGCCAAGAAAACAACUAUUUCAUACACAGGCUGUGCUGCACAGAUGUAUUUCUUUACCUUCUGUGCAAGUACAGAGUGCAUCCUCCUGGCAGCAAUGGCCUACGACCGGUAUGUAGCUAUCUGUAACCCUCUCUUAUAUACUGCUACCAUGUCCCCAAAAAUGUGCACUCUGUUGGUGGCUGGAUGCUACCUUGUAGGCUUUGUGAAUGCAACGACACACACCAUUCUCACCUUUACACUCUCUUUUUGUGGCUCCAAUGUCAUCAACCAUUUUUUCUGUGACAUUCCCCCUCUGCUAGCUCUUUCUUGCACUGACACUAAUAUCAACGAAAUGGUGCUCUUUAUGUUUGCCACCGUCCUGGGCAUAUUCACCUCAGCAGAAAUUGCAGUGACAUACACAUUCAUCCUCUCAGCAAUCCUGCAGAUCCACUCCACAGAUGGGAAACAAAAGGCUUUUUCAACAUGUGCCUCUCACCUUGUGGCAGUCACCAUCUUCUAUGGAACAACCGUCUUUAUGUACCUGCGACCUAGUUCUAGCUACUCCAUGGAUCAGGACAAAUGGGCUUCAGUGUUUUACACUGUGGUCAUCCCAAUGCUGAAUCCUUCAAUCUACAGCCUUCGCAACAAAGAAGUGAAAAAUGCCUUAAGAAGAAUUCCAACACGAGGUUUCCAGAGAUUGCCUGUGCUGGAAAUCAACCAAAAUAAAUUUAUCCUGCCUGCAUCAAAAAAAGGUAGCAGCCCCUAA